AUGGGUGUCUGGGUCAACAUCAGAGGUAAUCCUGCAUGGGCAUGUAGGGAGCCAACGUGUGAAUCUCAACAGCCAUAUACGAAUGGGAAAUUCACUGCGACCUGUGCUACCCAUCCACGGGGACUGGUCGUUCGAGCCCAGUAUCCCAACCAACCACUUGAUUGGUAUUGCGCCUCCGGAUGUGGAUCCACCACUGGAAAUUCACAGCCCCGAUACGACCCUUCAGGCCAUGUCAGUGCCCUUCGCUAUGCACCGAGCACCCGUGUGCCCGGAUCAGUCAGUGAAUAUUCUGUGGAGUAUCCUCAUCAACAACAGGGUCCUUCUGCAGGAAAUGAUGGUUACGAUGUCACUUUCUAUAGUGGAUACGGAAACAACCCUUAUGCCAGUUACCAAGGACAGGGUGGUCGAUAG